AGUGCACAAACCCAGGCGCGGAGAGUGGGAAGGAGGGAAGCGCGCCCUUACAGCCUGUGAGGUUGGCAGCGGAGUCACCAGGGACCCGCCGGAGCAGAAGCGCCGCUGUGGGCGGAGCGGCCGGUCCCGCCUCCAGCCUCUUUAUAAGCCCGGCGCCCGGCGUCCGGCGGCGCCAGCUGAGGUGUGAGCAGCGGCUGGAGACCGUGGUUGGGAGACCCGGCGCUGCGCGCAGAUUCACGGAGACGUCCCGAGACCCCCAGAAGAGCCACAGGUGCCAUGUCCGAGCUGUCCAGGGACGCGCAUCAAAUCCCCCGCAGCAGCAAGGCCUGCCGCUGCCUCUUUGGUCCAGUGGACAGCGAGCAGCUGCGCCAGGACUGCGACGCCCUCAUGGCCAGCUGCGUGCAGGAGGCCCGAGAGCGGUGGAACUUCGACUUUGUUACCGAGACGCCGCUGGAGGGGGACUUCGCCUGGGAGCGCGUGAGGGGCCUCGGCCUGCCCAAGCUCUACCUGCCCGUGGGGCCCCGAGACGACCUGGGAGGGGGCAAGCGGCCGAGCCCCUCGUCCGCCCUGCUGCAGGGCACGUCUCAGGAGGACCACUUGGACCUGUCGCUGUCCUGCACCCUCGUGACUCGCUCCCCUGAGCGGCCCGAGGGAACCCCCGGUGGGCCUGGCCCCUCCCAGGGCCGGAAACGGCGGCAGACCAGCAUGACAGAUUUCUACCACUCCAAACGCAGGCUGAUCUGCUCCAAGAGGAAGCCCUAACCCCACUGCUGGAAGCACGUCCUCGUGGGAACAAGGGGGCCACUGCGGGCCUCUUCUGUACCUUUUGCCUUGGUCCUUCAGUUUGUGCGUCUUAAUUAUUAUUUGUGUUUUAAUUUAAA